UCAAUCCGCGGACGUUAAACAGCGUAUUUUCAACACAGACCAAUACAUCAUUGUAGUGUACCCCUCCGGAGCUCCGCGUCCGGUGCCGUUACCGACACGAUGGGCAAUCAGCUGGUGGCGUUGGCCCCGUCCCAGAUCUUCCCGGUAGAGCACUACCUAACUGGAACCUGCGAACUCGAGCUGCAGUUCGAGAAGAGUAUGGGCAGUACGCGUUUUAUGAAGGUGGCUAAGGUGAAAGUCGAUGAAGGACCGGUCGUGGUAAAGGUGUUUGUACGGCACGAUCCCUCGCUGCCUCUCGAACAGCACCUGGAGCGGAUAGAAUACAUCAAAAAGCAUCUCGCCAACGCGGUCAACUGUCUGCCGUUCCAGAAGGUGUUGACCAAUACAUCAUUGUAG